AUGCCUGUGCGCUUUGACGGGCAGGUGGCGAUCGUCACCGGUGCAGGUGGAGGUCUAGGUCGAGCAUACGCGCUCCUCUUGGCGUCUCGCGGCGCGAAAGUCCUCGUAAACGACGUGGGCGCGGCUCUUUCCGGUGCCGCCAAUGAGACUUCAAAGGCGGACAAAGUGGUUUUCGAGAUCCGCAAGCAGGGCGGCGAAGCGGCUGCAAACUACGACUCAGUCCUCGAAGGCCAGAAGAUCAUUGACCACGCGAUGUCGCGUUUUGGUCGCGUAGAUAUUCUCAUCAACAACGCAGGUGUCCUGCGGGACUCUUCACUGAUGAAAAUGACGGAAAAAGACUGGGACCUCGUCAUGGCCGUGCACGUCAAGGGGGCCUACGCUUGCACCAAAGCAGUCUGGCCCAUCAUGCAGAAGCAAAAGUACGGACGAAUCAUUAUGACUGCCAGCGCUGCCGGUUUGUACGGCAACUUUGGACAAGCAAACUACUCAGCCGCAAAAUCCGCCCUGGUUGGCCUUUCAAAGACUCUCGCUUUUGAGGGAGAGAAGAAGAACAUUUUCGUGAACUGUAUCGCUCCUCUUGCGGGCACGCGCAUGACCGCGACGGUUAUGCCGCCCGAGCUCGUCGAGGCGUUGAAACCAGACUACGUGGCGCCUCUAGUGGCCUAUCUCUGCAGCAAGGAAUGUCGUGACACAGGCAAGGUUCUGGAGGUCGGCGCCGGGUGGGUGGCGAGCGUGCGCUGGCAGCGCAACACAGGCCACUCGUUUGUUCCUCCCUUUAGCCCAGACGACGUCUCUCGCGAGUGGAAGCGAAUCACGGAAUUCACUGGAGAGGUGGCCUACCCGACUUCGCUUCAAGACUCCAUGAUGAUGGUGACUCAGCGCCUGGAACAUAACCCAGCAAACAAAAACGAAGAGAAUGCGAGCCCGACGGCCGAGCCGGCGUCGAAGGAGACUGCGAAAGCCGACAGCUCUGCCGGAGGGAACCAGAAGGAAGCGAGCAAAGCGGACAUCAUCUUCCAGCUGAUGGAUGCGUACAUCAGAAACGUGCCGGACGCGCGAAAGAAGCUCCAAGAUAAAGUGGACUGUGUUUUCGGGUUUAACGUCACUCAGGGCAAGGCGACCAAGUCCUGGUCGCUCAACCUCAAAAAGGGCGGCACGGGCGGAGGCAUCGAGGCGGGUCUGCAGAAUUCCCCGGACGUGAUUUUCACGAUGGCUGAGGACAGCUUCGUGGCGGUUUGCCUGGGAACCUUGAAUCCUCAGAUGGCGUUUUUGCAGGGCAAGAUGAAGAUUAAGGGCAGCAUGCAGAAAGCUUCGAAGUUCACGCCUGGCUUGUUCCCAUCAAUCACCAAAGAAAUGGUGGAGAUGAAGGACGCUGGGGAAGCAGUCGACGCUUACUUGCGGAAACACAACUUGGGGCCUGCUGGAGCGACGACGAAGGAGGGAACAGAGCCAACGAAGGGCUCCGCAGACGCAAGCGCACAACCCGCGAAGGCGACAGCGUCUCCUCAAGCCAAGCAAUUAAAAAGCAUGGCUCUCUACGAAAUCAUGGGCAAACACCUCGAGACGUCCGAGGGCGCGAAACUUGUCAAGCGGAUCAACAGCAUUUAUCGGCUGAAUAUUCUUCCGAAGAAAGGCGCGCCGCCAGUCAAAGUUGUUCUAGACUUGAAGAAUAUCCCUCCGUCCAUUCGUGAAGAAGGCGACGAUACCGCGAAAGUCACUUCUGACUGCACGAUCACCCUUCUCGACGACGAUUUCGUGAAGCUCGCGACCGGCAAAAUGAAUCCUCAGCUGGCGUUCAUGCAGGGGAAAAUCAAGCUGAAGGGCUCGAUGCAGGCAGCGCUCAAGUUUACCCCUGACAUCUUUCCAAAGGCCAGUCGCCUCUAA